AUUGUAUAUAUAUAAACCUUGAAAUUUGAUAAAAAAUAGAAAUUGUAAUAAUUGUCUGUGUUAACACUGUGUAGGAGACAAGUAAUAAGAAAUAUAUAUAAGGAAAUUCGAAGGGAAGGAAAUAAAAUCUAGAAGACAAAUCAAAGGGUGAAGAAGAAAUCAAAACCGGAAAAGUAUGAUUAGCGAAAAUAUUGUUGCGUUUAGGAAUCCCGCAGAAAUAUGGCAAGAAAAUUGGACCUUUCUUAUAAAAGAAAGCGUAACGAUUGUGGGUGCACUACUAACGCUUUUUCAUGCGUUCAAAAGUGGAGGCCGAAAUUUAUGGCUUUGGGUUACAUGUAUUCUACAUGGAGUUGCUGUGGAAAUAUACAGCUAUGAGUUAAAAGACAUCGAUAACUUUUGGCAUAUUCAGGGAACUGUUAUGUUCUUUAAGAAAAGAUUUCCAUUAUAUAUAGUUUGCCUGUAUCCCUACUUUAUUUAUACGGCCACUAUGGCCGUUAAACGAAUGCGAUUACCCAGAUGGUCUGAAUCUUUAGCAGUCGGUUUAGCCGUAGUUUGCAUCGAUUUGCCUUAUGAUAUCACUGGAGUAAAAUUGUUGUGGUGGACUUGGCACGAUACCGAUCCAAAUGUAUAUGAUAGAAUGUAUUACGUGCCGUGGACAAGUUAUAUAUUCCACGCCUCUUUUGCCUUUUCUUUCAACACAGUUUUCAAUGGUCUUCCCAAAUUACUAAAUAUGACUACUAAAGAGGGAGAACGUUCGACGUUCCGAAAAGAACUUACUGUCUCAAUUGCAACUGCUCUAUUUUCAUUUCCUAUGGGUGUUAUUCAAUUUGUUAUCUUUUAUCAUCCACUGCACGAUAUUUGGAAAGUCCCUACUGAAGUUUGCUGCUGUCUACUUCUCAUUUUAGGUUAUUGUGCAAUAGUAUGGAAAAAUGAUAAGCAAACCGUAGGCGGAUCGAUUAAAAUAGAUGAAAUAGCUUUAGUUAUCUUUAUUCAUUAUACUAUGUAUUUCUUUUUGAAUUGGUUUGUUCAACCAGAGCAAUUAGCCGCUACCGGUUUACACGAACCUCUAGGUGAUUGUUCAAAAGAUGCACCUAUAUUGAGUGCUUUAGGACAGAUGCUUCCUCGAAAACAAUAUCUCUGCGAUAAGAAUUAUGAUGAACCAUUCGAUUUUCACUGCACUCAAAGACCAGCAGAUGGGGUUAAGUGGUACACAAUUUGUGGAACACCCUUUACAAAUAGGGUGGAACAUUGUGUUGUUGUUAGCUGCAUCUCUGCCUUUGGUUUGUUCAUCUUCAAGGAACUUUUAGGGCGUCGUGAGCCUAAACAAAAGAGAAAUUAA